ACGGUACUAAGACUGGAAUGUCUACGUCCCUCUAUCCAUUAGCAUCUCUCGCGCAAAUUGAGAAGACUCCUUCGCACGAGGAUGGCAUUCCCGACGAACUUGAGCAAGAUCUGCGUGCAUAUGGAUGCAAGCUCAUACAAGAGGCAGGGAUCCUGCUGAAACAAAAACAGGUGGCCAUGGCCGCAGCGCAGAUAUUGUUCCAGAGAUUCUGGUAUGUCAGCUCUAUGAAGCACUUUGGCAUUGGGGAUAUAGGGAUGGGCGCACUGUAUCUCGCCUCUAAAUUGGAGGAAUGCCCACUACGAAUGCGCGACCUCAUCAACGUCUAUGACCUGCUGUUGCAACGUGCCGCACACACCCGCUCACAGAUUCUGGAAUCAACGUCUUCAACGUCCUCGACAUCCCACAUCCGUUCCGAAUUCAAGUAUACCCCGAUGUCUUACUUCGGCAACGCGUUUCAUGACCUCAAAGAUGCCCUCGUUAUUGCAGAAAUGCAGAUUUUGAAGCGGCUCGGAUUCAAUGUGAACGUCGUACUGCCAUACGGGACACUGGUCAAUUAUCUGCGACUGUUAGGCCUAACCAGUCGUGAGGACGUGUGCACACGGGCAUGGGGCUAUCUGAACGAUGCCAUGCAAACGCCAGUCUACGCUCUAUACUCUGUACCGACUAUCGUCAGUGCAGCAAUACUGCUCACUACUCGACAUCUGGGCAUCCCUCUCCCCUCGUCGCCAAGUAAUCGCUGGUGGGAGUUGUUCGACGCCGAAUGGGAAGACGUAUGGAGUGUUUGUGGGUAUAUCAUGCGAUUGUAUCGAGAGAGGAGCGUGGAAGAGAGGACGCGGGUGAUGGGCAUGAUCACAAAGAAAGGGGUCCGUCAGUGGCUUGACGAGAAUCAACCGCCUCAGCAGCUUGAAUAGAUCUUCCCAGGUCAAUUCCUGCCCUCCCAAGAGGAGCCCGCUCACCCAGUUUUUGCUUGUAGAUAUCUACCCGUGGACUCUCCUUGUCACGUUGCAAUUAGUUCAUUGAUAGC